GUUUUGCAGGACAUUAGUCUUGAAUUUAGUGAAAUGCAAACCGAGUAUAAAGAGUUGGAGGACAAUCUUAAACAAACUGAAGUAAAGGCAUCCCUUCGGAGACAGCACAUGGGAAGAAUGAGAGAGGUUAAAAAAGGGAUCAGAAGACUGCAAAAGUUUAUGAAUACAAUUUCUAGUCUCGAAACUGCAUUGCAGUUGAUUAUAAGUGAGAUUCCUAGCAUCCAAGAGGUUAUUUUGGUUCUGGGAGCUAGUCCAAUUCGACCCCAACAUGUAUAUGAGAUGACUUUUUCACACACAAGUGCUGGCAGUGGUACCAUCAGCCACGCUGAUUUCGCUAAAAGCAGAACAGCCGAAGGGCUUUCAAGGAAGGCUAUUAGAGCAUUGAUCUCAAAUGGUGCUGGCUCUAGUUCCUAUCCAGGCCCUUCCAAGUUGUUUCUGUUGGUCAAAGCUCCCUUGUCUUUCAAUCUGCCUCUGCAUUUUCUUCCAAAACGUGACUUCAGAUACAGCAAAAAGAUUGUGCCUUUCAGACUGCGGUUUAAGUGCAGAACCCAAGGAAUGGACAGUGAUCCUACUGAUUGUGGUUUGAAUCCAGACAGACACCAUGAUUUCAAAGAUUCUACAUCAAAUGAACUGAUGUGGUUUCAGUGCCGCCAUGUAAUCAAAGGCAUAGCAUUCAAGACACCGGAAGAAGAAUAAGUUUGUCUCGUUACUUUUAUUCACUAGUAAUUGUCUCCUCAUUCUUCACCUAGUUUUCUGUUUCUUAACAAGUUUGUAAUGAUCUUUUUCUAAAUUGGAAAACCCUCCGGUCUCAAGAGGGACUUGAAGAAGAUGGGCGAUGGCACUACCAGCAUGCAUGAAAUGUUGGGCUGAGUUUUUAUCAUCGGCCAAUUUCCUGAUUCCUUUCUGUACAUUACACGGAGCUCGAGCUCGACCUUUUCAAAGCUACGAAACUUUUGCCAUUG